AUGGAAGCCGCCGGCAAGAUAGUCGGCAGCUUUCUGCUGAAUCUUGCCUUGUUCUUGCCAUGUCUCUCUGCCGCCGUCUCCUCCAACCCGUCGUCCCAUCCAAGCAUGUCGAAAGGGCCCAUCCGUCGUGACUACACCCGCUUCGCCGACGUCGAGCGGCACUGCCAAUCCGUGCUCGCCUCAGCCGUGAACCUCAAAGCUGACGACGCCGACCGUGCCGGCGACCGGAUGCACCAGCUAUCCUUCAUGAACGGCGACUGGAGCCAGGACGCCGGCCAGGCCCCUCUGCUUCCGUUCCAUGGAAGCUACGCUGACGCUGCUGCGGUGGCCGAGCCUGAACUGCUCGAAGCUGUCCCCCUUGCGUCCUUCACGCCGACGCACAUGGACAUGAUGCCGCGGCGAGGGGCUCGAACCGCCUUCAACGUCAGCGGGCUCCUCAGCUUCACCAUCACCCGCAACUGCUGCGGCUGCUCGUACACGGAGCCACGCGCAUCGCCGGAGUUCGAGCUCCGGCCAGGGGUCGCCAGGCUCCACGUGCUGCUCCAAGGUGUGUAUACGGAGGCGAAGUCGUCGUCGGGGAGCGGCGGCGGCGGCGGCGGCGGCGGCGGCGAGAGGGUGCUGUGUAUGGUCGGGGACGCGGUCCUCCCCGUGCGCAGCAGCAACGCCACGGACCCGUGGGCCUGGGCCAAGCCGAACCAUGGAGGCGACAGCGGCUUCAAGCCGCCGGUCGUGGCCACCGGCAGCAUCUUGCUCGUGCUACGGUACCCGAUGGCGGCCACGCUGACGACUCGCGCCGUGCGCGGCGAGAUGACGAGCACGAGCGCCAGGUCCGAUGGCGACUACUUCGACGCCGUCCGCUUACCAGAGGAUGCGGCCGCGCUCGACGCCGUCUCUGGGUGCAGCGACGACCUGCUCUUCCGUGACGGCGGCGGCGCCAUGGACUACCUGGAGCACCUGAUGAACAGAGGCGGCGGCUCCCUCUGCGACAUCGUCUACCAAUCCGCUCCCAGCCAAGUGAUGGAGGUGAUUCCAAACUGGAAUUGCAAGGGCACCGACGCGUUCUGCAGCCGGAUCGGCCCGUUCGAGGCCAGCCGCCCCGCCACGGGGGCUAUGCAGGACAUGGCGUUCACCCGUUCCGGCAUCACGGUGCAGGGCCUCCGGUGCAAGCCGGCGUCCAACAUCGACGGCGCGGCGGCGGCGCGGGUGGCGGCCGUGCUCCGCUACGUGCCCCCGUGGGAGGACCAGCCCACGGCGGCGAGGCGGACCAGCCUGAGCGCCAUGACCCUGUCAGCCGAGGGCGUGUGGAUGGCGUCCACGGGGCGCGUGUGCAUGGUGGCCUGCCUCGCCGGCGACGAGAGAGCAUGCCACUACCGCGUGACCCUAUCCGUCCGGAAGACGUUUUCCAUGACUCACCGCGGCAGCAGCGUCGGGCAGAUAACCGCCAUGGAUGGGAGCCACCCUCCGCUCUCGUUUCGACAGCGCGGGAACCGCAGAGAGCAGCGCUCGCCGGCGGCGACGUGCAUGUCGUACGUCUACACCAAGGUCGAGCAGGCUCGGGAGCUCGGCCUUGGGUUCAAGCCAGCCGGAUUUCGCGACAGCAUCGUUGCGAGGUCACUGCUCAGCUACCCCAGCAUCGCCGGCCCUGCCGAGGACAUGGUGAGCCUCUCGAACCUCGCCGACGACCUCAGUCUCCGCUUCCAAUCCGUGGCGAAGCCGCCGCCUUUUGUGCCAGAAUGGAUCGAGGAGCCGUUCUUCGAACUCCAGAUACUCUCCGUUGGCACCACCCUCGUUGGAAGCUACUCCCCAUUUGAGCCGCAGUAUCAGGGCGGCGGCAGGUUUAGCAUGCGGAUCGAACAGCUUGGUAGAGCUGGAGCCCAUGCCGUGGAGGAGCAGCAGAUCCUGAAUGUGUCUGCAGAGUUCACAGCGUCCAGGAAGAAUUUCCCCAGUUCAAGUCCGGUGAUGUCGCUGGAGGGCGUGUACAACCCGGAGGACGGGCGGAUGUAUCUCAUUGGCUGCCGGCAGGUCCAUGCCCCAUGGCGAGUCAUGUCCAAGAGACGAGACCUUGAAGACGGGAUGGAUUGCUCCAUAGAGGUGACCGUGGAGUACCCGCCGACGACGACGCGGUGGCUGAUCAGCCGGGCGGCGAGGGUCUCCGUCGCCAGCACGAGGGGCGAGGACGACCCGCUGCGCUUCAACAGGACGGAGCUCCGCACGCUGCCCGUCGCGUACCGCGAGCAGCGGCGGAGCGACCUAACCGAGCCGGUGGUGGAUGUUAGUAGAUAA